AUGGAGGGCUGCUCGGGGGCCGGCCACUCGAUGUCCCCAUUCGAGCUGUGCGCCCACGACGAUAUCGCCUCGGCAAUUGCUGUUGACCCAGUGCUCGGCUUUCGCACUCAUAAGAUGAACAUUGCGUUCGUCCCCCUCUCCGCGCGGGAACAACUCCGCUGCAAGCAGAUUAUCAAGGAGUUCAGGGACGACGGGAAUUUCAGUAAAUGCGUUCAGCUUUUGAAUGAGAUACCUUUCCUACAAAAAUAUCUACGGCCACAGACUCCACGUCAGGUGGCGAAUUUUCGGAUACAUUUGAUACGCUUCCUCCAAAUGUACCACAUCGACGCCGGGUUCACAAUCCAAAAGUGUACUCGUUACGCUGCCGAGGGCCGGUUAGGCGCCAUGCUUGUUGCAACCAGAAAUUGGAAUAAGUUGGACCGGAUCGAAGCUCUAAUGGGGGUAAUCGGAGAGAUGAACAAGGAGGAGGAGGUGCAACUUUUGAAGAAGGACCUCAACGACUUCUCCGUUAUGUACAGUACUAGAAGGAGAAGAGCUCAAUUGUGGCUAGGCCCCGGCUCCUACAUCAACCACGAUUGCACCCCGAAUUGCAAAUUCGUCCCCAGCGGCAGUACCGCCAUCAUUCAGGUGUUGCGUACACUGCGGGUCGGAGACGAAAUCACCUGCUACUACGGCGACAACUUUUUCGGGGACGGGAAUGAGCGGUGUGAAUGCAGGACGUGUGAAAAAGAAUCCAGAGGAGCCUUCCGGAAACCUGGAGAAAUAGACGAGAAUACAAAUACCUCACCUACGGCUCCGGGACCAGCGCAUCAAAAUGGCAUCGAAGAAAGGAACGAAGCCACCGUUUCCGAAGUCAUUCCAAAUGGCCAUGAGAAGAAGUACGAGCUGAGAGAAAGAGCAAAGAAUUCGAAUAGUGACGAGGAAGUUGAAGACGUACAGAAGGUGGUAGAUGUCUUCGAAAUGGAGACGGACCAGUUGAUCGCCCGGUUACGACCCCGAAUCCUGGCGACGCCUAAAGUCGAAAUACCCCCGCCGCCUGAAAUCUUGCUCGAUCUGAGCCCGAAGAAGAAGAAUGGCAAGCACGGCCCGGAGCUGAUUGUCGAGCAGAUCAAGGAGCUAGCAAAGCCCUUGAUAAGGAAGAAAAACGGCGUGCAUAAAGUGAAGCGGAAACCCCGGCCCCGCAUCAACCACACCGGCCCCAACUUUGAUCUGUACUUGCCCAGGAUGCUGGUAGUCCCAGAACCAAAAGAAGGCCAACGAUAUUCCAGAAGAAUACGAGGCGUCGACCCGAACAGCGCCCAACAAAAAGCCCUAAAGUCCAAGGCAGAGCCCGAGCCUGAGCCCGAGCCCGAAGCCUGCCGACAGGUCGAACGGAUCCCGUCUAUGGAUGAGGCGAUCAUGAUGGGACCUGUCGAGCAGGAAUACCUGUCGGAAGCCGAGGAGGAGCCGGAGUUCGAUCCCGAAAUGCCGGUGCUUUGCCCGGAAGUGACGCCACCGCAUCGGGGCUUUGAUAUGUGUAAUGGAAUUCAGGAAGCCCCCACAACACCAACAAUAAAUGGCCAUCACCCCCCAUCCGAUUUGGCCUCCUCCAGCUCAGCAGCCCGGUUUUUCGAU